UUGGUUUGGUGGGUGGUUGCCAGGACAACGAGUUGUCUUUUUGGUUCUUGACACCAUGGGUCAUCGAACAAACAAGCUGGGAAGGUUGUGCGAAUUUUCCCCAGAGGGCCAGUUGAAGUCGGAGCACGGAUUGGUGACCAGGUGGCGGAUAUGAAGUUCCUGCUGAAGAAAUGCCUUCGCAAGAAGGCGCCGGAGAUGAAGCCAGGGGCCAUCUUGGAUGCCGUCAUCUCGCAAUCCUCGGCCACCGCCUGCAAGUGCCUGCUCUACAAGCUGGCGGAUUACAAAAGAGGUGGUGACCUCAUCGACGCCAUCAACACGGGCGGCCUGAUUGCCGUGGAGCAGCUGAUCCGCGAGCAGUUCGGCGUGUUCAUGUACAACGACGGCAAGGGUCAGGUGAUCAACCGGGCGGAGUUCCUGCGCUGGAAGUACCGCGACCACACCGAGGUGACCAUACCCAUCGAGGCAUCGCUGUCCAUCCACGAUCCGCUGGGCAAGUGGGAGGAUCACAAGGCCUGCUGGCAGAUGCAGUAUCGCGGCGCCCUGGGCGAGAGUCUGCUCCAUGUGCUGAUCAUCUGUGACUCCAAGGUGCACACCAAGCUGGCGAGGGUGCUGCUCCGUGUGUUUCCCAAUCUGGCGCUGGACGUGAUGGAGGGCGAGGAGUAUCUGGGGGCGAGUGCCCUGCACUUGGCCAUUGCCUACAGCAACAACGAGCUGGUGGCGGAUCUCAUCGAGGCCGGGGCGAAUAUCAAUCAGCGGGCCAUCGGUAGCUUCUUCCUGCCCCGCGACCAACAGCGGGCUAAUCCGGCCAAGAGCACCGACUACGAGGGACUGGCCUACAUGGGCGAGUAUCCGCUGGCCUGGGCCGCCUGCUGUGCGAACGAGAGUGUCUACAAUUUGCUGGUGGACUGCGGUUCCGAUCCGGAUGCCCAGGACUCCUUCGGCAACAUGAUCCUGCACAUGGUGGUGGUCUGCGACAAGCUGGACAUGUUUGGCUAUGCCCUGAGGCAUCCCAAGACGCCGGCGAAGAACGGGAUUGUCAACCAGACGGGACUGACGCCGCUCACUUUGGCCUGCAAGCUGGGACGCGAGGAGCUGUUCCGCGAGAUGCUGGAGCUCUCCGCCAGGGAGUUCUGGCGGUACAGCAACAUCACCUGCUCCGGCUACCCGCUCAACGCACUGGACACUCUACUGCCGGACGGAAGGACCAACUGGAACUCCGCUUUGUUCAUCAUCCUGAACGGAACCAAGCCGGAGCAUCUGGACAUGUUGGACGGUGGCAUCAUCCAGCGCCUCUUGGAGGAGAAGUGGAAGACGUUUGCGCAGAACCAGUUCCUGAAGCGCCUGCUCAUCCUGUCCACCCAUCUGCUGUGCCUCUCCGUCUCGGUAUAUCUGCGACCCGCCCACAAUGGAGAGGGCGAGGCCGAGGACUCCGAGGGAUCUGAUGGAUCGGCAGCCGCUCUCCAGGAUGUGGAGGCGGACGAUGGGAAUGGGAAUGGAAACGGUGGCGAGGGGAACAAUGCCCAGACGGUGGCCCGCUACUGCGCCGAAUUUGCCACUUUGGCUGGAGUUCUAAGCUACGUGAUCUUUCAGCAAGGCGACGAGAUCAAGAAUCAGGGGCUAUCCGCCUUUCUCAAGCAGCUGUCCCAUGCUCCGGCCAAGGCGAUUUUCCUGUUCUCCAACCUGCUGAUCCUGGCCUGCAUUCCGUUUCGUCUGAUCGGCGACACCGAUACCGAGGAGGCCAUCCUGAUCUUUGCUGUUCCGGGCUCCUGGUUCCUCCUCAUGUUCUUUGCGGGGGCCAUUCGGCUGACGGGUCCCUUUGUGACCAUGAUCUACUCCAUGAUCACCGGCGACAUGUUCACCUUCGGCAUCAUCUACUGCAUUGUGCUGUGCGGCUUCUCGCAGGCCUUCUACUUCCUGUACAAGGGGCAUCCCCAGGUGCAGUCCACCAUGUUCAACACCUACACGAGCACCUGGAUGGCCCUGUUCCAAACGACCUUGGGGGAUUAUAAUUAUCCCGAUCUCAACCAGACCACAUACCCGAAUCUCUCCAAGACCGUUUUCAUCAUCUUCAUGAUCUUUGUGCCCAUCCUGCUGCUCAACAUGCUGAUCGCCAUGAUGGGCAACACCUAUGUUACCGUGAUCGAGCAGUCGGAGAAGGAGUGGAUGAAGCAGUGGGCCAAGAUCGUGGUCACUUUGGAGCGGGCCGUUCCCCAGGCGGAUGCCAAGGGCUAUCUGGAGGCCUACUCCAUACCGCUUGGUCCCUCGGACGACUCGGGAUUCGAGGUGCGCGGCGUGAUGGUGAUCAAGAGCAAGAGCAAAACGAGGGCCAAGCAGCGCAAGGGAGCGGUGUCUAAUUGGAAGCGAGUGGGUCGUGUAACGCUGACAGCUCUCAAAAAACGUGGAAUGACCGGCGAGGAGAUGCGUCGCCUCAUGUGGGGGCGUGCCUCCAUUUCCAGUCCCGUGAAGGUGGCCAAGCAGAAGCUCAAGGAUCCCUACAAUUUGCACGCCGACUCCGAUUUCACCAAUGCCAUGGACAUGCUGACCUUUGCCAACAAUCCGGCCUCCUCGAAUGGCGUUGUACUGCGUAGUUCGGCGAGCACAGCUGCUCCUCCGCCGGCGCCACCUGCUCCGGAUCCCUUCAGGGAGCUCAUCAUGAUGUCCGAUCAGCGGCCGGAGACCCAUGAUCCCCACUACUUUGCCGGCCUGCAGCAGCUGGCCAACAAGGCCUUCGAUUUGGUGGAGCAAACGAUGAAGACGCAACCGCAGCAGGCAGCGCCACCACCACCGGUGGUUAAGAGUCCAUUGGAUGCACAGCCGGUUACUCCGGGUACAGGAUCUGCUACUCCUGCUGCUCCUCCGCCCCCUGAUCUCAUGGCCAUGCCCCUGCCCAUCUCGAAUCUGAGCAAUCUGUUCCAGGACCCCAAGGAGAUUGUGGAUCCCAAGAAGCUGGAGGAGUUCAUGGCCAUGCUGGCCGAGGUGGAGACCGAGGAGAGCGACAGCGGAGGGCCCAUUCUGGGAAAGCUCUCGCUGGCCAAGCGGACGCACAAUGCGUUGUCCAAGGCGGACAUCCGGCGGGAGCAGCAGGGAUUCGAGGGCCACAGCCACGUCUGGGCGCCACCUGGCUUGGAUGUGGAAACGGGCUUCCACUUCGAUGAGGCCGUGGCGGAGGAGGUGCUGACCAUCGAACAGGAGGCCGAGGUGGAGACCGAGGACGGCAACGGGGGCCAGGACAGCGAGGAGCUGCCGACGGCGGAGGAGGUGCACGCCACCAUGAAGCAGUUCCAUCUGCGCAAGUGCCAGCCGGCGCAGGAUGAGGCCGCUCGUCGGGCCAAAAGUGCUCGCGUUCGUCGAAGGAACAAAGUUUCGCCGGAGCAAAGUGAUGAGCAGGAGGAGCGCAGCCAGCGGGGAAGAUCGGCUUACGGCAGGAAAUCGCAGCAGCAAUCGCCGCCCGAUCCGCUGGAACCUUGGAGCACCCGCGAACUGCAGGACAUCAACAAGAUCCUGGCCAGAAAAUGAAGAUAUACAGAGUUUCUGGCACAUAGUCCUUGGUGGCUUAUAAUUGUUUAUCAGAGCUUAGCUUAGUUAGAAGUACAAAUACAUAAUAAACCAAUCUUCUCUGUCUAA